AUUUAAACACGGCUGCCCUGGAGUGAGAUAGUUCAGUAGUGUCCGCAAGCUUCGACGAAAUCGAGAAUGUACAAGUUCCUGCUAAUUGUUGCCCUUCUGCCGGCCGUCGCCUUCGGCCAGACUCCGUUUCGUCCAUGUAUCGGAGGAGGACCCACGCCAGCUUCGGUUAACAUCGAAGGUUGCACGGCACUUCCCUGCAGGGUCGUUUCCGGCAGUCCGCUAAUUGCUCAUGCGACCGGUAUCGUAACACCGGUGGCCACACCAACGGUAGAAGCGCACAUCAUGGCCCGUUUGUUGGGAUUGGACGUCGGAUUCAGGAUUCCGGAGGAUUUGGCUGAUGCGUGUGCCGUUGGUAUUACUGGCGCUUCGUGCCCAUUGGCUGCUGGUACUGAGUUUGACUACACGCUAAACUAUGCCAUGACGCUGCCACUGACCGGAAUUACUGCCCAGGUCGAAGUAGGUCUGACUGCAGCUGACGGUACCACGAUCACUUGCAUCGAAAUCGAUGCCCAAAUUGUCGCCUAA